AUGUCAUCUACCGCUCCUCAGGCUGAGGCUCAGCCUGUAGACGCCGCUCUGUCCAAGAUGUUAGGGCUCUGCCCCAGCGCACUGCUCAGAUUUGACGACGGCACCAGCCUGAAAGUCAGCCGCGAGCUGCUUAUGAUCGCAUCGCCCACGCUGCUCGACAUGCUGACCUGCACGCAGCUCGACACCGAGCCAGGCGGCGCCCCUAUCAUCCCCCUCCCCGGCGACAAGCGCGAGGACUGGCUGCUGGCGCUGCCAUUCCUCUACCACCGCGACCCUGGGGUCACGAGGGAGAGCGUGGAGCCCCUCACCCAGCUGUGCAUCAAGUACGACCUCCAGGGCCUGCGUCCCUACCUGGACAAGUUCCUGGCAGCGUCAGCUGCCACCGUCAGGGAGCAGCUGGUUGCUGGUGUCCCCAGAUGUGAGCUGGUCGACAAAAUACCCAGCAUCACGGCGGUGGGCCACGCAAGCGCGGUUGGGCAGUGGUCGGUGUGGCGGUGGCUGGUACUGGCUGGGCACUGCAAGCUCAGUGCGAGCGUGGAGGCGUUCUGCCAGCUGAUUGUGGAAAAUAGGCUUGCGGUCCCGGACGAGUUUGACCUGGGGCUUGCAGGGCAGCCACUGGCAGUCAAGCUGGCCCGCGAGGUUUCCAGGGACCAUAAGUGCAAAUAUUGUGGUUGCAUGCAAUAG